AAUUUUGCCACACCUUCCUUUUUUUCUUCUCUCUUUUUCCUCUGUUUGUCUCCAUUGCUCGCAUAUAUUUCUCUCUCAACAUUCAACAACACUCUCUCAUAAUCCCAUCAAACAAUGGCGAAUCUGAAAGCAGGAACAAGGCCACCGUGGGUUGGAUUAGGAGCAGGAAUAUGGGUGCAAAUUGCAUCAGGAAAUGCUUACAACUUCCCACUUUAUUCCCAUUCUUUAAAGUCUGUUCUUGGCUUCAAUCAACACCAGCUUACUAUGCUUGGUGUUGCUAAUGAUAUUGGAGAAAAUGUUGGUUUAAUCCCUGGUAUUGCGUGUAAUAAGUUUCCUCCUUGGGUUAUUCUCUUCAUCGGUUCUUUAGCUUGUUUCUUUGGUUAUGGUGUUCUUUGGCUUGCUGUUAGCCGUACUGUUCAGUCCUUACCUCACUGGUUGCUAUUUAUUGCACUCUGUAUUGGGGCUAAUAGUAGUGCUUGGUUGAGCACAGCUGUACUUGUGACCAACAUGAGGAACUUCCCCCUAAGUCGAGGCACAGUUGCUGGUAUUAUUAAAGGUUAUAGUGGGAUCAGUGCAGCAGUGUUUACUGCAAUUUACAGCAUGCUGCUCGAUAAUUCUUCCUCAAAACUUUUGAUGUUCCUUGCAGUUGGAAUUCCAGUUUUAUGUUUCAUAAUGAUGUAUUUUGUAAAGGCUUGUACUCCGGCUUCUGGCGAGGACUCCUUGGAACGCCCUCAUUUUCUUUUCAUCCAAGCAACUCUUGUUAUACUUGCAUUAUAUGUUCUCAUAACCACAAUAGUGGACCACUUGCUUCAUUUAAGUUCCCCCAUAUCCUACAGUAUUCUUGCUAUAAUGAUUAUCCUUCUCAUGUCUCCACUUGCAAUACCUUUAAAGAUGACAUUGUGCCGCAGCAGAGCGACCAAAUCAGAUUUACUUGACCAAUCAUUUGCGUAUUCAGACAGUUUGGUACAAGGGGAAGGAAAUGGAGACAAAACUGAACCAUUACUGACAUUAUCUGCAUUGACACAGACCCUUGGUAGCUUCCGAGAAGAGGACGAGUCAUCUGAGGUUGCUAUGCUUCUAGCUGAGGGUGAGGGUGCUGUGAAAAAGAGAAGGCGGCCCAGAAGAGGGGAGGAUUUCAAAUUUAGUGAAGCUGUAGUUAAAGCCGAUUUUUGGCUCCUUUUCUUUGUUUACUUUGUUGGGGUUGGUUCUGGGGUAACUGUGCUCAAUAAUCUUGCUCAGAUAGGGAUUGCACAAGGCGUCCAUGAUACCACAACCUUGUUGUCUCUCUUCAGCUUUUGCAAUUUUGUUGGACGUCUUGGCGGUGGUAUUGUUUCUGAACAUUUUGUCAGGUCAAAAACAAUCCCUCGUACAACAUGGUUAACGUGUUCUCAGACAGUGAUGAUUGCAAUAUACUUGCUGUUUGCUUCUGCCAUUGAUGGUACCCUUUAUGCUGCAACUGCAUUACUUGGCGUAUGCUACGGGGUUCAGUUCUCUAUCAUGAUUCCAACUGUCUCUGAGCUCUUUGGCUUGAAGCAUUUCGGUAUAUUUUUUAACUUCAUGUCAAUUGGAAAUCCUCUCGGAGCAUUCCUUUUCUCAGGUCUCCUAGCAGGAUAUGUAUAUGAUCGUGAGGCAGCAAAGCAGCAAGGGAUGAAUAUGUUGUUGAACUCAGGUAUAGCCUGCAUAGGUCCGAAUUGCUUCAGACUGACCUUCUUGGUUCUGGCCGGUGUCUGCGGUGUAGGCUCCAUCUUUAGCAUUAUUCUAACUAUGAGAAUUCGGCCUGUUUACGAGAUGCUUUAUGCUGGGGGUUCUUUCAAGAUACCUCAAACUUCAACUCAUUAGCAUUAUGAAAGCAGAAGCGAGGAAGUUGAAGAUCCUUACAAAAUUUGCAUUCUAAUGAAGGACAUGUUUUGUAGUUACUUUUCAGCUUCUCUGUUUUGAUAUCUGGUGAUUGCAUAAAGUUGCAAGAAUCUAAUACUCGGGACCUAAAAGAGGGCAUGAAGAAGGUGAUCAAUGGCAGCUGCCUGUGCAGUCGCAGAAGCUGCAUUUUUUCAGCAGACGGAAUCUUCUUGAAGUUAUAGAUGAAAAUUAGAGUGUCCAUGAAAGUUUUCAUCAAUAUUUACUCAUUGAAGGCUAGAAAAGCAGAGACCGACGAACUGAUUUGAUGUACCUGUUGUUCUUGUGAGCCAUUUCUUUUAUUUGUUUGUUACGGAACCAGAUUUAGGUAGCAGUACUUAUACAGAUGGUACUACUACCUACUAUAUAUAUAUAUAUAUAUUAUACAUAGCUGUUGUUCUUGUAUGCUUGAACUGUUGUACCAUAAAAUUACUAUAUAAAGUUACUGUUUGUUGUGGUUCUUAAA